GUUCUUCCGCCUCUGCUACUUGCUGCCCUGUGCAGUGUGUAAUGGAGUUAAAUAUGUGACAAACAACACUGCUGUUGAGGAAGUCACACCUACGUAUACACACACACACACACACACACACACACACACGCACACGCACGCACACACACGCCCACACACACACACACACUCACACACGCAAUGGUUUCAUGCUUAAAAGGAAGCUGCUUCACAGACUCAGUCAGUCGUGGAUGUAAAGAAACAGAAACACGAUGCUUUCCUUUAAGUGGAUCUCUAAGACUUUAUUUACAAUUCUGAUGCUUCAGCUCACAGCAACAGCUGGGCAACAGAGAGCUUUAUUCACUGUUAUAGCUGGUGAUGGAGUCACUUUACCCUGUGGAAAUGUGGGACAGACGAAACACAACUGUGACAGAAUCACAUGGAUGUCCAGGCAGCCAGGAAACAGAGAGUUAUUAUUGUUUGAAGGAGGAGAUUUCACAGAAGAGGCUAACACGAAGUCAGGCAGACUGAGUGUCACAGCAGACUGUUCUCUGGUCAUAGAGAACGUCACAGUGGAGGAUUUUGGUCGCUACAACUGUAGACAAAAUCACUUCAAGAAGGUUGAUCUGUCUGUUGUUACCAUGACUGAACAAAGAAACAACGGAAAUGUCACCUUUACCUGCUCUGUGUCUCAAUACACAUACUGCAGACACCCAGUGUUGUGGCUGUAUGAGGGGAAAGAGAAAAUAUCACCUGAUAUGAAUGUAUCAUCAUCCUGCUCUGCAACUGUCACAAUCCCAGCUUUUCAUCUGGAUCAGAACUCAAAGUUUUAUGAAUUAUUAAAGUGCAGAGUACAAGAUGGAUAUGUUGCCAAACAAUACCUGUUGUUCACCUUCAGCCAUCAGUCAUCAGGUCAGGAAAGAGGAAAAACUCCGAAGUCAUCAGAAACAACAACUCAACCUAUAUCCACAACAAGAAACAGGGAGACAAUUCAAGGGGACAAAGCAACAACAAAGGCAACAACAAUGCAUAAUCCAGCAGAACAACAAGGUGAUUUGUCCUUCUUGAGAUACAUCAUUGUGUCUGUGGGUGUUAUAGUACUCCUAAUGUGUGUUGCCAUAGUUACCAUAUGGGAGAAAAUUCAAUAUAACAAAACAGCGAUGAAAACAAACACAGUAAACCGUGAUCAGCAUGGAGAGACUUCGGUAUGAAAACAUCCCAGAGUCGUCUGCUUCCAUCAGAUUCUACUGGUCCAUAUUUAGAAGAGCCAAUAUGAAGCAAUAAAUUCAUUAGCAAAUAUGAAAUAUGACUUUAUGCAUGACAAAGUGUUUUAGUUUGAAACACCAGGAAGCUGUAAAACACUUAUUUGUGCCAAAAAGAAGAAAUUGUUUUCUUUAAAAGCAUUAUGAGUUGCUCAUAUACUUUUAGAUAAAAGCCUUGUGAAUAACCAGAAUUAUUAAAUGCUAUAAUAAAUCAAGUGUGUCAAUAAUCAGUCACC